AUCCUCUUCCUUGCCCAAAAACCCCUUCACUCUCUGCCUCCUUCUUCNCCACCACCCCUACCACCCACCCCACCCCCGUAAGGUUGCAGUCCACAUAAGGGUCUCAUUAUUAUUAUUAUUAUUUAUUAUUAUCUGUUUCUUGGGUCUUCUAAAAUUAGCUCUAAAGCUCAAGAAUCAGAAAAGCAGUCACCAUUUAAAGCUGAUGUUUUUACAUUGUUAUUUGAGACCAAUAUUCAUGGUUUUGCUCUUUCCGUUAUAUGCUCUCCAGUUUUAGCUAUUUUGGGUUUUGAAUGGCAUUAGUUCAACACCUAUUAACUACUAGCUGCCGCUCCAUCAUGUUGCAGAACAGGACAUUGCAUAAUUAUCAGACAAAUUGCUUACAAUGUUCGACGCAUGCAGCUGUUGACAGAUUUGAGAAACUGUCUCGUAAAGCCAGGAUAUGUUGUGGGACCAGAACUAUGCAACCGAUGAAUUUAAGAGUCACAUCUCAACGGAAAAUUCAUUCUCUCAGAACCUAUGCUAAUGAGCCUGGAUCUUCUUCUGCAUUUAGUAUCCUUCCGCCAUCAAAGCAGGGAUUAGCCAGUAGACCAAUGCCCAUUAUCUUCAGUUUCAGGUCAUUUGGAGGAAUAAGUUCACGGUGUUACAACACAAAAGGGAAAUUGCAUUUUUCCCCUGAUGCAAGAGCAAUAGCAGAUAAAGGCACUGUUGGAUCAAAAGUAGUUAGUGACGGAAAUAAAACAUUCUUUAAAAAUUUCAAGAAUCACUCAGAGCGGUCUAAGGAAUUGGCUGUUCAUAGAAGAAAUGCUAUGCCGGACAAGGUGGCUGAGAAAGGCACUCCAACCUCUAAAGAAUCAGCUAGUAAGAAUGUUGAUCUGGUCAUUACAAAAGACACCCCUGUUAAGGUUGAUGAGAAGGAUGUCAACCUGGAGAUUUCAGGUCUGUCUCUUAGUAAUAAUGGGAAGUCAACUUCCACGGGUAAGGAGAAAGCAAAGAAGCAAUCAAGAAGCAAAAAGAAUAAAAAUGUUGCUUCUGAUGCAGUAGAUCAGCCAAAAGUUUCUAGGACUCCCCGAGCAAAGAAGUCUAAUCCUGCUAAAGAUGAGCAAUCUCCAGCAGUAUCAGAGAUUAGUUCGCCGGUUAGUUCUUCCACAGUAGGCCCUGUUGGUAAUGUCUCAACGAAGGUUGACUCGGCCCAAGGGAAAAGAACCUCUCCCAGGAAAAGGAAAUCCACCACAAAGGAGAGCAAUUCUCUUGGAGAACUGAAUGAGGCAUCUGCAUUGCCAUCUCAUAGUAAGUUAGUACCAAACCAGAGUUCAAAUGUGAGCAGCAAAAGUAAGCCCCCGGGAAACAAAACAUGGCCAAAACUAUAUCCUCCCACAGCAAAAUCUGUGUUGGUGGUGGAGUCUGUCACAAAGGCGAGAGUUAUCCAAGGGUACCUUGGUGACAUGUUUGAAGUCCUGCCGAGUUAUGGUCAUGUCAGGGACUUGGCUGCAAGGUCUGGAUCUGUCCGACCAGAUGAUGACUUCAGCAUGGUCUGGGAAGUACCUUCUGCUGCCUGGACUCAUCUCAAGAGCAUAAAGGUUGCGUUAAGUGGAGCCCAGAAUCUUGUUCUUGCAUCAGAUCCUGAUCGUGAAGGAGAGGCUAUUUCCUGGCACAUUAUAGAGAUGUUACGGCAACAGGAUGCCCUACGUGAUGAUAUUAAUGUGGCAAGGGUUGUUUUCAAUGAAAUUACUGAAUCGUCCAUCAAAGCUUCCCUGCAGUCUCCAAGGGAGAUUGAUGCAAAUCUAGUACAUGCUUAUCUUGCAAGGCGUGCUCUUGAUUACCUGAUUGGGUUCAACAUUUCUCCACUGCUAUGGAGGAAAUUACCUGGUUGUCAGUCUGCUGGUCGGGUUCAGUCUGCUGCCCUAGCACUUAUAUGUGACAGAGAAAUGGAAAUUGACGGAUUCAAACCACAGGAAUAUUGGACCGUCCUGGUUGAGUUUAAGAAAAACAGAAACCUAGAUUUAGCCAAUAACUUUUUGUCAUCCCACUUGACUCAUUUUGAUUCCAAGAAAUUAAACCAGCUCUCUGUUAGCUCUCAUACCGAAGCAACAGAAAUUGAACAGAAGAUAAAUGCAUCAAAUUUUGAAGUUAUAAGCUCUAAGAUAACCAAAAAGCAGAGAAACCCUCCUCCUCCUUAUAUAACAUCAACACUUCAGCAAGAUGCUGCAAACAAAUUGGAUUUUACAUCAACAUAUACGAUGAAACUUGCACAAAAGCUCUAUGAGGGGAUCCAGUUGUCUGAUGGCAAGGCAACAGGAUUGAUAACUUAUAUCAGAACAGAUGGAUUGCACAUUUCAGACGAAGCUACCAAGGACAUUCAAUCCUAUAUCAGCGAAAGGUAUGGGCAUAAUUUUGCAUCAAAGAAUGCUCGUAAAUACUUCAAGAAGGUAAAGAAUGCUCAAGAGGCCCAUGAAGCUAUUAGACCCACUGAUAUCCGAAAGCUACCCUCAACACUUGCUGGGGUGCUGGACGAUGAUGCACUUAAGCUAUACAAACUUAUAUGGUCCCGUACCAUGGCAUGCCAGAUGGAACCUGCUACGAUGGAGCAGAUACAAGUUGAUAUUGGGAAACCUGACCAGUCCAUAAUCUUUCGUUCUGCAAGCUCAAAAGUACAGUUUCCUGGCUACCAAGCUGUCUACGAGGAUGUGGAAACUAACUCAAUGAGAGAUAAUGAGAGUGGGAGGGAUGAUCGUUCUGAAGUAUUUGAGGCUCUUAGGAAUUUAACUGCUGGGGAUCAAAUGUAUUUGGGUAAAGUAAAACUUGAGCAACACCACACUCAGCCUCCACCACGAUACUCGGAGGGGUCUUUGGUUAAAAAGCUGGAGGAGCUCGGCAUUGGAAGACCUUCCACUUAUGCAACCACAAUAAAAGUGUUAAAGGAUAGGAAUUAUGUCACUGCCAAGGGGAGAACACUCUAUCCUGAAUUUCGUGGGCGUAUGGUAUCAGCAUUUCUCUCUCAUUACUUUACUGAAGUAACAGAUUAUAGCUUCACUGCCGACAUGGAGACAGAACUUGAUAAUGUCUCUGCUGGUUUGACUGAAUGGAAAGGUCUUUUGAGAGAUUACUGGACUAGAUUUAGCAAGUAUUGUGAACAUACUGGUAAUGUGCACAUUCAUCAGGUGGAGAAGAUGUUGGAGAAAACGUUUGGUGAUUUUCUGUUUGCAUCUCUUCCUGAUGAAAGUAGGACAUGCCCAAGCUGUCUUCAGGGAACUUUAAUCUUCAAAGUGAGCAGGUUUGGUGCAGGCUAUUUUAUAGGUUGUGACCAACACCCAAAAUGCAAGUGAGUAAUGAGCAACCAUAGAUUUUGGA